AUGGUGCCUCAACCCUCCAAAGCCGGUGCCCUUGACGACACCGCUCUGCUCCUAGGAGUCGGGGCUGUCGCUCUUCUGGCAUAUCCUUUUUGGAUGAUCAUAUACAACCUUUACCUCAGUCCUCUUUCAAAAUACCCCGGGCCAAAGCUAGCGGCAAUCUCCGAUAUGCCGUAUGUAUCCUGGACAGUGAGGGGAGUCUUGGCUCUCAAACUGAAAGAUCUCCAUGAGCAAUACGGGGAUGUGGUUCGAGCGGGACCACGACGACUGGUCUAUCGAAAUGCCCAGGCAUGGCGGGAUAUCUACGGCCACCGCAAGUCAGGCGCAGGGUCGUUCAUGAAGGACCCCGAGUUUUAUACCGUCGGGCCCUAUGGGCCAAACAUCAUCAACUCCAACGAUGCAGAUCAUUCGAGACAACGGAGGCUUUUCUCCCAUGCGUUCUCCGAAAAAGCGCUGAGAGACCAGGAAGGCUUGAUCCAGUCAUACGUGGAUUUGUUAAUCCGCUGUCUAGACGACGAAAUAUCCGAAUCACGAGCAACCACCGAGAUGACCAAGUGGCUCAACUUCACCACCUUUGAUAUCAUCGGUGACUUGGUCUUCGGUGACCCUUUUGACUGCUUGAAAAACAAGACCUACCAUUUUUGGGUCACUUUGGCCUUCACUAGUGUGAAAGCCGGCUCUUUUCGAGUGGUAGCUGCGAUCUACCCCUUCUUGCUACCUUUCAUGAAGCUGCUCACCCAAGGGGACCUCCUGAAGAGACGAGACGAGUUUUUCGGAUUGUCCAAGGAGAAAAUGCAACGCCGACUCAACACUAAGACUCCUAGGCCUGAUUUCAUGGCUCAUGUCCUUCGCCACACCGGUGAUAAGGCCAUGACCGAACGGGAAAUGGACGCCAACGCAUCGGUCCUGAUUAUUGCGGGCAGUGAAACGACCGCCACUCUGCUUUCUGGCUUCGUAUACUAUGUCACGACGCAUCCUGACGUAUACCAGAAAGUCGUCAGCGAAGUGCGAGGGUCACUCAAGUCCUAUGAGGAUAUUAGUUUCCAAAACAUCAACAGCCUGACCUACCUGCUUGCAACCUUGGAGGAAUCGCUGCGGAUGUACCCUCCUGUCCCUGGAUUGUUACCGCGAGUUGUGCCCAAGGGUGGCGCCCUCAUUAAUGGGCAGUUUGUCCCGGAGGGGGUCUCGGUCGCGGGGGCCCAUUUUUCGACUUACCGUUCCGCGUCUCACUUUGCUGAUGCGGAGUCUUUUAUCCCCGAGCGAUGGCUUCCUGACCGCGAGCAGAAAUUCGAAUCUGAUCAACGAGAUGUCCUUCAUCCGUUCUCGCUGGGUCCCCGGAAUUGCCUCGGCAAGAACCUUGCGUACGCCGAAAUGAAGCUCAUCGCUGCUAAGCUUCUAUGGAGCUUCGACCUCACGUUAGAUAAAAGCUCCAUUGGAUGGGAUGGUCAGCAGUCUUGGAACAUCUGGGAAAAGAAGCCUCUGAUGGUGAAGCUGGAGCGGGUCCAGCGCUAG